AUGGCUAAUUUUGUACCAUGUAAGAAAACCACUGAUGCGUUACAAGUUGCAGGCCUCUUUUUCCGAGAGAUUUACCGUUUACACGGCCUUCCUAUAUCCAUUGUUCCGGAUAGAGAUUCGAGAUUCUUGGGCCAUUUUUGGCGUUCGUUGUGGAGAUUAUUGAAGACUUCUUUGGACAUGAGUUCUGCUUAUCAUCCCCAAACGGAUGGGCAAACGGAGGUCACUUAUCGUGCAUUGAGAGAUUUACUUCGCAGCUUGGUUGGUGAUAACAUACGAACAUGGGAUAAAGUGAUUUGCCAAGCCAAGUUUGCUCAUAUUCAUGUUGUGAAUCGUAGUACUGGGUUGAGGCCUUUUCAAGUGAUCUAUGGAGUGCCGCCUCAUGCUCCUGUUGACUUAUCUAUGCCACCGGAUAAGAAUCGAUUUCAUGCUCGUGCUUGUGACACAGUCGAAGAGUUCACCGCAUUACAUCAUCGGGUCAAAGCAAAUUUGGAGAAAGCUGUAGAAAAGUAUAAAGCAGCAGUGGAUGUUCAUCGCCGAGAGGUCCAACUUAAUGUCGGAGAUCUAGUUUGGGCUGUUUUGACAAAAGAUCGUUUUCCACAGGGUCAAUACAACAAGCUUAAACCUCGUAAGGUUGGUCCCCUUGAGAUUCUCGAGAAGAUUAAUAGCAACGCUUAUCGUCUCCGUCUUCCUCCUCACAUGCAUACGGCGGAUGUCUUUAAUGUCAAACAUUUGCUUCCUUAUCUACCUGAAGACGACAUGGCGAAUUCGGACUCGAAUUAUUCAUCACCCCGGGCGACCUGA